CGCCUUCAGUCAGUUCUGUCCGAACAGUCAUACAGCCAGGGAGAGUAAACGCACGGUGGACGGAUCGGGAAAACUCUGAAAGAUAUUUCGUUACCAUUUGGGGCACUUAUUAGAAUCUAAGUGCUAUAUGGGACAUUAGUUUGUGUUGUGAUUAGUCAAAUUAUGGUAAAUUCCUGUCGAAGUGCGUAGUCGACCCCAAAGAUCCUAGUUCCUAGCGAAGAAAAAUCUUGAGUGCUACCACACUGAACCGAUUUCGAGCGGGUGGUGAAGAAAACCAGCCAAGUGCCACAGCAGGAUGGGUCUGAAGGACUGUCAAAUAGAGUUGGAUAAUCCCUGGAACACGUAUUAUGCCGGCCAGACGGUCAAUGGGAAGGUCACGUUUACAUUCGACUCACCGAAGAAGAUUCGAGGCAUAGUGAUCAAGUUCUCGGGAGAGGCGGAAACCAAAUGGAGUCAAACCGAAACGAAAACCGACCAGGAAGGCAAACAGUAUGAAUCGACAACCAACCUUACCGGUCAGGAGGAGUACUUCCAGAUCCAGUACUAUCUGCUGGGCGGCAAGAACAGCAAGGAAAUCGAUUUGGAGGCUGGAACUCACAGCUAUCCGUUCACGUGUGCGUUGCCCCCCACUCUUCCGUCAUCGUUCGAAGGGGAAUGGGGCUUCGUGCGGUACACGAUCAAGGUUACGCUGGAUCGGCCGUGGAAGUUCGAUCAAGAUAUUAAGAUGGCCUUCACAGUCAUCUCGCCGGUAGAUCUCAACGCGAAUCCCCGAGUCAAAGACCCAUUCAAGUUGGAGUUGGAGAAAACGUUCUGCUGUUUCUGCUGCGCUUCCGGACCUCUUAGUAUCAUCGUGCACAUUCCCGUGACUGGGUUUGUGUCCGGACAGACAAUUCCUUUGACGAUCGAAUGCGACAAUGCAAGUAACGUAGGGGUAGAAUCCGUUAAACUGGUACUCCGCAAGUUGCUGGCUUUCCACGUUCACACUCCCCGUCGCGAGACGAAGAAAAAGAAGGAAGUCGUGUCGGAAGUAUCCGUAGGACCGGUGGAGGCCGGAAACAGCCAAACGUGGAAUCAGAGCAUUCAAAUACCGCCGCUACCGCCGUCUAAUCUAGUCAACUGCGGGAUCAUCGACGUCGAUUACGACAUCAAGGUGGAGGCAGUCGUUUCCGGUCCCCAUGCCAACCUGGACGGAAACAUUCCGAUCGUGCUGGGAACGGUGCCGUUGAGCACGUUCCAGCCGCCGCCACCGUACACGGACAGUCCUCCGGAGGUGGACCCGUCGAUGGCGCCAACCCAGCCGGUUAGCCCAGCUAGUCCACCGAAUGGGGCCGGAGGGGCUCUGGGUUGGAACAUCGCCGAUGGAGGCGAAAGCCUGUAUCCCAAUAUUCCGCCACCCACGUUUGCGGAAGCCACAUUCAAGGCACCCAACAUCUCCAACAAGAACGACAGCGAAUUUACUCGCUUUGUGGGACCAUCUGAGUACGCUCCACGCUAUCCAACGUACGCAUUCACGCCAUCGGCCCCACCAGCGGACUUGUAGACCCUUGAGCACAAAACCAUUUUGUGCCGGAUUUUGCUCGAACAAAAAGGUGCAGCCAGGAAAACAAAUGUCAAACAUUUUUUGUUACAUAUUACGUAGACAUCAUCACUGAACAAUAUAUAUUUUUUUCGAAUAAUAUACCAUAUUGCAACGAUACGAAAGGUCAAAACGCACAUAAAGUUUAAAACAGUCUAGGAGGAACAAAUUCACCAAUUCUUAAUAUUUUAGUACUGUAUCAUCCACUUUUGUGACUGCAAUUUACUUAUUUAGAGACCGGAGCGAUACAAAUAAAAUAAAUUGAGUUAGGUAGUCGAACAUGAAACAGCAGAGGGAGUGAGAUAGAAGCAAUCUAACUCUCAUAAAAAACACAUCACAAAAUCAUUAAACUGUCUCAUUGUUGACUGCUUUUCCCUAUCUUAUAGAAAACCAUUAUCCUCAUACUAUUACUACUACUAACCAACAUAUAAAGGUGCAGCUUACCGUCUUUACCACUACUACCUUCCUAGCCUUACCAAUUUUAAACAGCUAGAAGUAGACAAGCAUAGCUCGAAUAAUCAAAUUCAGUAAUUUGAUUCGGACUCACAUCACAUCAUUAGAAACAAGCUUGCUACCAUAUAUGUAGCACGUAGAUGUUAUAUUUUACGCAGAAAAAAAAAACUAGGAAACUAUAACGACACAAAUAUUUCACUUUGAACAAUCGUCAAUGCCAAAUCCGGUAACCAGAACAGAAUAUAAACUGUGGAUAACGAAAAGCCGUUCUACAUCAGAGUGCCUAGGUUUCAAACGAAACUAGAACACAAAUCAGUGGAAAUGCCAAAACAUGUGAAGUUUGAAAAUAACAAAUAAUCAUCUUCCUAAAGAAGACAGAAAAAAAUGAAUGAGAGUUAGUCAGGAGUUGAACAAAAGUGCAUGAUAACAAUGAUAUUUUUGAACUUUGGUCAAACCACAAAAUACGCCACACUACCUGUAUGUGAGGACAGCAUACCGUCGUACUGUAGGAAAAAAAAAAUAUUUUGCUAAGGAAUCGAA